CGCACCACCACACCGCACAACACAACCCGAGACGACGCCGUCCGAACCAACCGCCGCCGCCACUUUGGGGGGUUCCCCCGCUCAUGGACGCCGGCGGCGGCGCUGUGGCAGCGGCGGCGGGGAUGGACGACGCGGACGCCGCCUUCUUCUCCCGCCGCGGGAACCGGUGCUGCUGCUUCUGGGGGCCGUGGGCGGCGUCGUCGUACUCCCGCCCCGGCGCCGCGGAGGAGGAGUGGUGGCACCGCGUCGGGGAGAGGGGAGGGGCAGAGAGGCGGCGGUGGUGGCGGCGCGGGGUCGACGCGCUGAUGAAGGUGCGGGAGUGGUCGGAGCUGGUGGCGGGCCCGCGGUGGAAGACCUUCAUCCGGCGGUUCCGGCGCAGCCCACGCCAUCAUCAUCACGGCGGAGGCGGGCAGAAGCUCAACUACGACCCGCUCAGCUACGCGCUUAACUUCGACGAGGGCCACGGCGGCCCCUGCAGCCCGGAGCGGGACUACGCCGGGUACCGCGACUUCUCCACCCGCUUCGUUGCGCCCCCGGCCGCCUCCGCUAAGACGUCCAUCGACCUCGGCGCCCGUGACGCUCCGCCGCUGUUCCACAACCCGCCGCCGCAACAGCCCCACCCUCACCCGCCGUCCCCCACCGCCGCGCGGGGCUGACGUACGUGACCUCGUCGCCGGCGCACCGACCGGAUUUUGUUAUUGCUGGGCGGCGGAGGCGAUAAGGGCGACGUCCUUUUCUCCCAUUUGCUGCUGGUAGAUGGUGUCCAUAGAAGAUGCUUAUUUUUGUUUUCUUUUUCUGUUGCCUUUUUUAAAAUUUUGGCAUUGUAAAUAAAAAUAGAACUUAUAUAUAUUAUAUAUGGAUCAAUUUGUCACAACAGC